GGCAGUCAGUCAGUGAAGUGGGUGUUUACUGUGAGGACGUCUCAGAGACCGUGCCUCCCGGUUUGUUGUGGUUUUUGUUUGUGUUUGCGUCUAGAGGACUGUCGUUCUUCGGUUUGCUUUCCUCGAUCAAUCCGACAUAAAAGGGUGCAGGAUGCUGAAGCAUGUGCAGUUGAGCCCGUAUCGGACCCGGUCUGCAGACACGUUCAGCCUCAGCUCUAACACAUCCUACUCGUCCUUGAGUCCUGAGCCGUUGUCCAGCCGCUCCUCAAGCUACUCUUCUCUCAGCGACGCUUCGCCCUCGACAACAAUCAAGGUGUAUGCGAGGUGCUUGAGGGCUGACAUUGAGUACAAGACUCUGAGCAUUACCUUCCAGACAACGUGCCGUGAAGUGGUCCAGUCUCUCCUCAACAAGUAUCGCAUGCGGCACCGUGACCCUAACCUCUUCUACCUCACCAUGGAAGUCACAGUCAGGAAAGCAGGAGUAAGGACAGUGCUGGUGCUCGAUGAAGAGGCCAGGCCUGCAGCUUUACAGUCUUGCCAGCCUAGAGGAGAUUCCAGAUUUGCUCUGCAAACUCGACGAGGAGGGCUUGUCAAAAUUUACGACAGCGUCUUGAUGCCUGGAUCUCAAUACAAGUCGCUGCUGAUUUCUUGCCGCACGACCGUCGAUGAACUUAUCCAGAUCCUCCUGAACUGUUACAACAGCAAGGACAGAGUGGAACAGUUCUCCCUCUACGAGGUCUGCAAGAGCCAGGAGUCCCAGCGCAAGCUCCAUCCCGACGACAGGCCACUGGAGGUGCAACAACGCUGGCUGCCUUCUCACGAGUACCAUUUCCUUAUCCGACGCAAUGUUGACUACAAGAGUCGCUCCAGAACCAAGUGGCAUGUGGAACAGGUGGUUGUGCCGUGGACGCCCAGCCUCUCCCUGCCUUGCUCGUCCAGACAGUCACUCUCUCUCUCCUCUCCAGAGCCUUCUCACCCCGAAUAUGAGAACUACUUCUACAUCUAACCAGUCAAAUCUUGUUAAUUAUCUAGUUCAGUUUGGCUGUGAAGGGAUGAGAAGGACCUGGGCAAGAGUCUCCAGUUGUCAUAGCCACACCUAUCUUCAGUUCAACGUCCACUUCAGUUCCUCUCUAUGUAGUAAAAAUAUCACUCCAAUCGGAGUCACGAGUCACACUUAUGUCGUAAGGUACUUUAAUCAUUCUGUGUCUCUCUACAAGUAAUGUAAAACUGUCAGUCAAUUUCGUGUUGGUUGGCUGGAUGUUACUGCCUUCUAGAUGUUGAUCGAAUUGUAAGAAUUGUAGCUCCUUUAAAUUUAAAAUUUAAUUGAAUACUACUCAGUUUAGAACUAUAAACAUUGUUGGUUUGUUAGUGUUUCUUGUUUUAUUAUUUAUUAAUUGGCUAUGCACUGUCAACAUGUAAUUAGUGCUGAUUAGAAUGGGACUUUUAUUAGACCGUUAAGUUCGUCUAGGUUUUGUAAAUAAUGUAUAUUUUUAUUUCAUAGCUGCAAUCCCAAAGAAUAUGUGCAAAUUAAAUUAUAUUCAGUUUAUGGAUUAAAACUAUGUACCUAUGUUUUUAUUUUUAAAUUGAUAAUUCUAUUGUUGAGAACAUGUGAAAUCAAAAUACGAUUACGUUGAUGUGGUUUAUUAUUUUUUAGAUUAAUUAGAAAUUAGUUUCAUGAAGUUUGGCUGGAAAAACACGAGACUGAGGGUGGAAAAAGUUUGAUUCAUUAUUAUCCACAUUUUCAUUACCACUAUACAAUUUUAUAUUCCUCUAUGUGAAUUUCUAUUCUGUCACGUUCAACCUGUCUAUAAUCUGUUACUAUAACUAUAACAACACAGUUAUGUAAAGAUGUGUUGGCCAUAAACAUUUUGAAGACGAAGCAUUAUAAAGCUGAGGUGUCUUGAUAAAGGAUUCAUGGAUGGUUAUCUGUAAAUUCAACCGUUUUGUCAGUCCUCACUAACAGAACGCUGUACAGUGUACAGGUUUACUGUUUAUAAACAUAGAUAUUCAUACAGUGUUUUCUAUCAGACAUUGGAAAAAAUAACAUGAUUAUCGAUAUUUGCUGUCAUUAUUUCUUUAAACAAUCUUUUAACGGAGGAAAAACUGUUAUUUUGAUAAAAUAAUAUUUUCUAAUAUAACGUAGCUUUUUAUUCUGAAGACAUAAUUUUUUUGAUAUGUUGUACUGAAUAGAGUGAAUUAGCUUGGAUGAGAAAAUUCCAUUCGAAGGUGAAGGGGCCAGAACUUGAACUCCCCUUACAGUGUUGUUAGUUCUGUCGCAAUAGCAGUCUUGUAUUUUUCUAGCCACACCUUAUAUAUAUUUCUGUACAUUAUACUUAUUUUGAAAACAAUCAGAAAAUCACAUUUUUGAGAAUCAAUGAAUAAAAUGAACUAUUUACCUCUAAAAGUGCAAUUAAUUAGUUACAAAUUUAAAAUUUAAAAUUGUAGUUAUAACUAGUUACCAGUCUUGCAUAAUCAAGGCCACAGUGUUCUAUAUCUUGUCAGAUGGACAGACAGAUUGAUGGAGCGUGUUACAUACCAUGACAGAUUUAGCGUACUUUACUUACUAUUUGUUUUAAUUUGUAUAUUAUUUCAUGUAUAUAACAAUUUAAAAUAUAAACUGUUUAGAAUGUGUUUACAAAGCAUAAGGAAUCAUUCAAGGGCUUAAAUAUUUCUUUAAAAUUCCUGCUGUGUCAAGUGUUUUAAAGUUAGAAAUAUGUUCGUCAGUAGACCAAGAUGCUAUGCAUUAUUUCACUAUUCUCUUUAGUGUUAGUUGAAAUAGUGGUUUUCUGAAAACAAAUGCAAAUUAAAAAUCUAAUGUUAAUAAGUAUGUUGAAAGUAUACGUUACUUAAUUACUAUAACAAUAACACAGCCUGGAAACCAGAAGAAAUAUAACAAGAACAAAGAUACAAUUACUUCACUAAAUGUACUACUUUAGUGAAUUGAAUUACAUCUCAUGUUCAAUACAUUGUGUAUGUACUACUGAACUCUUCAUGUUACACAUAAGUAUUAGUUCUGCAAAAUAUUUGCUUCAGUACUUGUUUUUGUGUUGUCAAAUGCAUAAACUAUUCUUGUUGUUGUCACUUGCUUAUAUAUGUUUCUUUUAUUUAAAUUAUAAACAUUUUUACAUUUUGUUUUACAAGAAAAUAAGAUUAUUAUUGAUUUUCCUAUCUUUAUUGAUAAGUAGUUAUUAAGAAAAAAUUAAACAGAAGUUUAAAUUAUGCAAAGGAUUAUGUGGUAGAAUAAGUUUUGUUUUGAUACCAAAGAAUGUUAAUUUAGUUGUUUGCAAUCAACAAGUUUGCUUUCAUAAGAUUGUGAAUAUUAUUUUGUAAUAAAUAAAUGUAUCUAUGUGAAAAGACUC